ACAGGAUCGCACGAUGUUCUUGUAAAUCAUAAAGAAAAAUGUUUCGAUCUUGGGAAACUUAAAAUGAGUAGUUCACGGAUUUUAGUCUCUGGUUUUCCAGAUGGAACGAGCGAAAUAGCGCUAACGAUAUACUUCCAAUCGGUGCGAGAAUCUGGAGGAGGAGAUGUCGAAAGCAUCGAAAUUGAUCGCAGAACAGCCAAAAUCAUCUUCACAGAAGCGCAAGUCGCAGAGAGAGUGUUGAGCCGAACCCAUACUUUUAAGAACCAUACGCUUCAAGUUACUCGCAUGCCCCAACCUCAAGGAAAAUCUUACAGAUUGGAAGAAAAGGGGAGAGCUUCAGUGGAUGAGUUUGAAAAUCAAGACACUCGUCAAAACAAUAGCAGACAGCAAAAUAGCAGUACAGAAGAACCUCCUUCCUCUCAGGAGUCAGCCUCUGCAGCAUCAGUCCAGAGUGGAUCUCCAAUUCCCGAGCGAUGCAUAAUCGAAGUAACUGGUUUGCCAGAUGGUGCAUCUGAGGAUUUGGUAACAAACUACUUUGAAAACGCCAAACGCUCUAAAGGGGGUCCUGUGUCUUCCGUAGUCAUGACACCCGAACUCCGGAAGUGUCUGGUCACCUUUGAAUCUCCUGAUGAUGCAGAGAGGACGAUAAAUCAUUCAUCUCACGUUUUGAGCGGAGAAAAACUGCAAGUCUCGCUGUUUGUAGAGGAGGAUGAAAGUGCCGUCGAAUUCGAUGAAAACAAAGGAGAAGACGAAGACCUGGACAAGGAAGGUGGCAUCACCAUCGUUGCUAGCGGCAUCCUGUCUUCUACCUCAAAAGAUACAGUGAUUUUGUACUUUGAGAAUUCUAGACGAUCAGGAGGAGGCGAUGUCUUCGAUGUCCAUUACAACGAUAAAGGGGAAGCAGUGAUAACUUUCUCUGAGGUGAAAGACCUGCAGCGCCUUCUCGAGGGGCCACACAAAAUUGACGACCGAAUAAUAACAGUGGUGCGACAACCUCCUCCGAAAAAAGUGCCUCUUGAUCCACUGAGACUUCAUGUUCAAGGAAUCAGCAAAACGACCACUAAGGAUUGUUUGUCCUUUUAUUUGGAAAAGUUUGCGGAAGUUGCUGUCGAAGAAGUCUAUCUCGGUUUUAAGGAUAAUGCCCUGGCAGUAUUUGAAAGUGAACCGGACUUUGAAUCACUCUUGCAGAAAGUUAACAAUGAUAAAAAAGGCUUAGAGGGAAAGAAACCUCGCAUAGAAAGAGUACCAGUCUGUUCAUGUAUUCUGGUCACGGGAUUGAAGAGAGAAUCAACCGAUCACACCAUUGAUCUUUAUUUUGACAAUGAGAAGCGAAGUGGCGGAAGGGAUGUCAGCAGAGUGGAAAGGAUCAGAAAAGACCAGGCUUUAGUCCACUUCGAGGAUCACACAAGUGUUCAAGACGUCAUUGCGAGGGGCCAGAGAGAGGCACACAAAAUUGAUGGAGUCGAGUUAGAAGUGAUGCCCUAUUACCCUUUCCUCGAGAACGCAGCAUCCAAGAGAAUGGAGGUGACGUUUGAUCCAGAUAUUUAUAAAUAUAUUAAGGUUCAUCAUAAGAGUGAGCUGCAAACGUUACUCGAGAAGUACAGUGUAGAGGCUGAACUCUCAGAUGGCUCGAUCCUUAUCAUUUCUCCUGCGGAUUCCAAAUGCGACACUUCAUGGGAAGAAGGGGCAGAGAGUUUUAAGAGUUUCCUGUUCAAUUUCAAGAAGUCUGAGAUAUCCGUUCCUUCCGAAAUAUUUGAUGAGGUCUCAAAACGCUGGCAGCUUCAAUGUUCCUCGCAGGGAACAGCCAAUUUUCUGCUCUCAUUUGAUAACCAUAGAGGACUAGCCGUAAUUCUAGGCAAGAAGACUGUCGUGGAGCAGGAAGAGGAAAAACUGAAGGAAUUGAUGACAGAAGUAAAGCAAGAUUCAGAGCUGAUGAAAUCUGUGGUUGAGGUCGUGGAAACUAAUUAUUCUAGCUCCAGACUUACUUUACUCGAGAUGUCAGGCCUGUGUAACAAGCUUGCCGAUGAAUACCGACACUUAAGUAUUAAUGUUGACAGUGUUGGAGAAAAGCUGUGUUUCAAGGGUCCAAGAAAAAACAUUCAAGAAGUCAAACUUGAAGUGGUCACAUUUAUCUCAAAAAUAAUUGAACGAACGACUGAACAACCAACCGGUAUCAUAGAUGUUUUGAGGCAACAACACGUUUCAAUAUUCAUACAAGAACUGUUUGAAAAGAAAUCUAUUCAGGCUGUGAUACUUCUUGACCAAGGGAGAAAUUCAAACGAAGUCCAAGUGGUCGGCGUUGAUGCAAAGAACGCGAAAGAAGCAGAAGCUAUUUUACAAGAUUCCCUCAAAGAAAAGAGUAUCCAUCUAAAACCUGAAAAUACCCAAGUCAUCAACAGUCAUGAAUGGAAAGACUUCCAGUUGUCGAUGACAUCGAAUUUUAAAGUUGGAAUAGCAGUUGACGCCUCUGUAAGCAACGUGUGGAUCAGUGGUAUCACAGACGAUGUUGACAACUGUUCAGAUCAAGUACAGAAGUUUCUGGAAAAGAACACCAUAUUUCAUAACGUUGUCCAAGUUGAAGAGGGAACAGCAAGAUUUAUAGCAACGUUGUGGGAAAAGAAGCUUGAAGCCAUCAAAGGAGAACUUUCUAACUGCUACGUUGACAUGAGAGUGACAUCUGACUACACAGGGAUAGAGGUUUCCGGCACCGCCGAAGGAAUGGCAAAGUGUGUUCCUCAAAUUGAAAGAUUUGCUGACGAACAGACGUUUCGCGCCCGUAAAGUUGGAAAGUCUGUCUUUAGCUCUGCACCUAAUUACUCUGGUUAUGGUCGUGCUGCUCAAGUGAAGACGGCGCGUGCUCCACGAUCAUUUGUGACCCAAGGAAUUCGCGUAACAGUAGAGAGCGGCGAUCUUGCUGACCAACGGGCCGAUAUUUUAGUUGGAACAGCGGCAUCAAAUCUCAAUUUGUCACAGAAUCCUUGUGCCAGGGCACUCAGUCAAAGAGCAGGACCAGCAUUGCAAAAACAAUGUAACAAAGUAGGGCAGGUCGCUGUUGGUGAUAUUGCCGUUGUCGAUCAACCAGGAAACCUCAAAUGCCAAGCAGUUGUCUUUGCUAUAUGCUCCGAGUGGCAAGAUGGAAAAGGAAAAAAGGUUCUGAAGAGGUUAAUCAGGAAAUGCCUUGAAGAGGCGACAAGAGCUGGUGUGGCAUCCAUUGCAUUUCCUGCCAUCGGAACAGGAAUACUUGCAUUUCCCCGUACUGAGGUCGCAGAAAUCUACUUUGAUGAGGUAACAUCUCACAGUAAAAAAAACCCGUCAACUACACUUAAAGAAGUCAGGUUUGUUCUUUAUGACAAAGACUACCCAACUAUCCAAGCCUUCGAAGAGGAGAUAAAAAGAAGAGAUAUGGAAAACACUCCUAUUCCGGUCAGGAGAGCCGCGCACCCAAUAAAAAUUCAAUCCGCGAAUAACCCCUCUUCGGCUGUUUAUGCAUCUUCUUCUCCCAACGUGACAUUUUCGCCAGUACGAGAACGAAGGCCAGAUCACUUGGAAAGUAAUGUUGGAGCACUGUGCUUCCUAGCCCAACCAGGUGACAUUACUAACGAGAGAACGGAUGCCAUCGCCAUCAUAUCUAACCCAGAUCUGGAUGUGAAGAGGGGAGGUGGAGCAGGGGCAGCAAUUCUCAAGAAAGGAGGCCACUCCAUUCAAAGAGAGUGUCAGUCAUUUGGUCCACAAUCACCAGGAGCAGUUGUAGUUACAAAAGCGGGGAACUUAAAUGCAAGUUUUGUCUUCCACAUAGUCCUUCCUCAACCUCUAAACAACAAAAGCAUCAAAGUAUCAGUAAUGAAGUGUCUUCAAGAGGUUGAGAAAAGGGGUCUUUCAUCGAUCUCAUUCCCUGUCAUAGGAACAGGCAAUCUUGGUUUUACAGCAAAGUCCUGCGCGGAGACAAUGUUAUCCGCAGUUUGCGACUUUAACAAUCACCAGCCUGCUUCUUUAAAGCUCGUCAAGAUGGUCAUUUUCCAAAAAGAAAUGAUUAAAGACGUCCGCCUGGCAAUGGAAGAAGCAUCCGGACAAGCGCCAGCCAACAAACCUGGAAUUUUUCAACGAGUUGUCUCCAGAUUCAGUGAUUUAUUUGGCUUCGGGGAAAAGGACAUUGAGCUUCCAAAGAGCCAAGAUUCCAACAAAAUUCUCCACCUUGCAGUUUUUGCUGGUUGUAAAGAGGACAUUCAAGGAGCAACUCGCCGCAUAAACGAAAUUAUGAAAGAGAACUCAACGACGCAAAUUAUUGAGCAUGAAGCCGUCACUAUAUUCUCUAGAGAUAAUCUCCGAAAGAUUCACACCCUUGAGCAAAUACAUGAUGUUUCAGUUUCAGUCGAGAAACUUGCAGGGCGCAUCGUAAUUCGUGGACAGACUUCAGACAUCCUCAACGUUUCAGGUGAGAUCCAUACGAUUUUGCACAAAUUGAAAGAGGAAGAACACGAACGCAAGCGAGCUGAAGAGUUGUCAAAGGAUAUCAGAUGGAAGUACCUUGAUGGCAAUAACUUUGUGGAAUAUGGAAGCCUCAUAAAUGCAAAGAUCGAAGCUGCUUGUAAUCAGAGGAAAACCGGAGUGACCAUAACCUCUGAGGAGGAAGACGAUUUCCGAGUUGAUUUCAGCUCAAUGACGAUGACCGAUCCGCGUGGCGUUGCCACUCCAGUCCAGAGAAUUGAUCUGCGAAAAGGGGUCCUGCAACUUCCUACUCACUGGAUUCCACAACCAAAGGACUCACAGGGCUUAGAAAUGACUGUACAUCUUGUUGAGCUGGAUCCUGUGAAAGACUCACAGCAGUACGCUCAUGUUCAGAACCAAUUCCAGCAAACCUGUUCCAACCAAAUUUUAAAGAUAGAACGAGUUCAAAAUCCAGCUCUCUUUGGCUCGUACAUGAUCCGAAAACAGAAGAUGGACGAGACGAAGGGAAGCAACGAGCGGUGGUUAUUUCACGGAACUCCGGGUGAUAACUGCAAAUUAAUAAAUCACUCAGGUUUCAACAGAAGCUUUCAUGGUAAAAAUGCAACCAUGUACGGAAAUGGCGUGUAUUUUGCUGAGGACGCCUCAUACUCAGCUCGGUCAACCUACUCACCAGCCGACACGAGUGGUCAGCGGUACAUGUAUCAUAGUAGAGUCCUGGUUGGUGAGUAUGCACAAGGAAAACAAGGUCUCAUCACGCCUCCAGCAAAGAAUCCAAAUGAUCCAACUGACACCUAUAACAGCGUGGUGGAUCAAAUCCCCAACCCGAAAAUCUUUGUUGUGUUCUAUGACUCGCAAUGCUAUCCAGAGUAUUUGAUUACCUUUUGCUGACUCGCACACGGUUUUCGGCGCUGUUUAGUGUAACACAACUUGUGCUUCUUUGUUUAACUGGGAAAAAGACGUUUCAGUGGAUAGAUGUCGUUAGUUUCUCCGUUUUAUAGUUUGUUUUGUUUUAUUUGUGUCUGUUUCUCCUUUUUUUUUAUUUGUUGUUGUUGUUGUUUUUGAUAUAUUAUUACUGAUUUUCGUUGUAAUAGUGAGCCGACUCAAUGAAGAAUCUUUUUGUCUAUCAGCAAAUUACGAUAUCAUAAAUCGCGCAUGGAUAACAAAAUUAUUUGUCUGUUUUUUCUAUGUUUUUUUCUAUGUUUUUUUAAUUUGUUUGUUUGCUUGUUUUCUUGUUAUCAGUUGUUAUAGUGAGCCGCCUCAAUUUAGAUUUGAAUUUUGUGCAUCAUAGAUCGCGCACGGAUAAAGGAAUCGUGCAGCGACACUUAUAUAGCUCUCUAUAGUAGGACUAUUAAUGCGAAACAGCUAUAUUUGUUUCCCACUUUCCUCAACACCCGGCAAAAUUAUUUAGAUGCAUGGUAAAUCACAGACGAAUGAUCAUCUUGUGAAUCAUGGCUACUACCAAACAUAAGCUAACUGAAUUAAGCUUGAACAUCCUGUCAAUAUGAGUUUGUAGGGCUCCGUGUGGAAACAUCUAAAUCGUUCCUCCUGAGGUAGCUCUAUUCACCGCAGGUGUCGUUCGGCAACGUUAUAAUUAAGGAGGGUAGAAAAGGGUGAGGGAGGGCUUUUGGUAAUCUAGGCCAAGCUCGCAGUCGAAAAAGAUUAUUGAGAAAAGAAUGAGCAAAAACCAACAGGUAUUUGGCAAUGAAAAAAAAAAGAGUUGCGAAAGACUGUGAGAAUUGCGUUUUUAACACCUCAUUUUGCCCUCUUCGCUUCUUUUUGCGAAG